AUGCCUCUUCUUUUCCUCAUCCUUUUUGCACAGUUUGAUCUGAUUUGGUCUCUGAAAUGUUUCUCCGGUGAUCCCAUCUUCAAGAACGAGUGCACUUCGUUGUCUUAUUGCUUGAUGAUCGUCUCCAGGUGAGUAGAAUAACAAAUAGUUUUUUUGUGACACCAUUUUUGUAGAAUUUAUUGCUCUACAAUUGGACUAAAUUAUAUAUAUUAUUUCGGAGUUGGACGAUUGGGGAAAAAGACGAUUGGGGAAAGGGACGAUUGGGGAAAAAGACGAUUGGGGAAAAGUACGAUUGGGGAAACCGAAAAGUAUUAUUUUUCUUCCAUGCAAAUGUCGAAGUUAGGAUAAUCGAGGGUGCUCAUUUCGAAAAUGACAUUCAUUUUUUUGAUUCUUACUUUUUUCCUUAAGUAGUACUGUAAAGUAGUAAUUUUUGAUUUUUUUCAUAAAUACUCGAUUUAGGGGGUUUCGAGGGUGCUGAUUUCGAAAAUCAUGUAAAUUUUUCCUCUAGUACUACAUAGUACUAUUCUGAUACUAUAUAGUACGAAGUGAAAAUAUGGCUUUUGACGUUAAUGGUGUUGUUUUGAUGCUUAGUACUCUUCAAAAACACGUUUUAAAGACUUGGUGCUAUAUAGUACUGUCUGAUACUAUGUAGUACGAAGUAAAAAUAGGCGUAUUAAGCACCAGAACAACACCACGAACGCCUAAAGGCCAACUUUACACCUCGUACUACAUAGUAUCAGGUAGUACUAUAUAGCACCAAGUCUUUAAAACGUGUUUUUGAAGAGUACUAAGCACCAAAACAACACGAUUAGCGUCAAAAACCAUAUUUUGACCUCGUACUAUAUAGUAUCAGAAUAGUACUAUAUAGUACUAGAGGAAAAAUGAACGUGAUUUUCGAAACCAGCACCUUCGAAAUCCCCUAAAUCCAGUAUUUUUCGAAAAUUUAAAAAAAAUUUUUUUUAGUACUUAACAGUACUACUUAAGGAAAAAAGUAGGAAUCAAAAAAAUGAAUGUCAUUUUCGAAAUGAGCACCCUCUAUUAUCCUGACUUCGACAUUUGCAUGGAAGAAAAAUAAUACUUUUCGGUUUCCCCAAUCGUACUUUUCCCCAAUCGUCUUUUUCCCCAAUCGUCCCAGUUCCAUAUUAUUUUAGGUCGGGUCGAUCUCAAUGGUCUUGUGAUGGAAAUGCCUUCAGCCAAGUCUCCCUUUGCUCAACUCUGGGGCUGCAACAAGACGUCGAAGAAGAGACGAACCUCAAUGUCCUCAGCCCACGAAAACGUUAUCCUCUCAUCUCGGACGCCCCUGUCAGCAGAUCAGAGAUCCCUCUUGUGAGGUCGCCUUUCGAAUCGACUGGUCGAUAUUCGACUGGCUAUCGACGUUCUAACUCGCCGUACUCUCAAGGAUUGGGCAAAGGCCGUUGUUUCGAUGGAGGAGAGCUCGGGAGGAUUUGUUGUUGCUCUACGGACUUCUGCAAUCGAGGGGUCUCGGUCUUGCCAGAUACGAUUACUUUUGUAUUUUUGAGCUUUAUAGUUGUAUUUAUCAAUGUUUGA